AUGGGGAUGGGAGGGGGAGCAAUAGGAUCUGUGGAACAACCUCAGCCAUUAACAUCCAAAACUGAAGAAUUUAUUCCACCUCCACCUCAUGUUCGGCCUUUACCUGAUAAGUCUCCAGUUACAAAAAAAAACAAAUUUAAGGAAACAGACGAAACCUCAAAUUUGUGCAAUACAGAGCUCCAACGACUGGUCUUGUUGGAACAGCUGGAACUAAUAAGAGUUCAAAAGGAAAAGGAAAAAUUAUUGUUGGAAAAACUACAAAAAGAAAAUGGAGACCAAUUUGAAGAAAUAAAUAAUUUGUUGUUCAGAAAGUUGUAA